CGCGCCGCCCCCCGCGCUCCCGGUGCCGCUCCGCUCCGGUGCCGCUCCGCUCCCGGCCCCAGCCCGCUCCCGUCCCGUCCCGCUCCGCUCCGGCCCGGCCGCACCAUGAGGGAGAUCGUCCACAUCCAGGCGGGGCAAUGCGGCAACCAGAUCGGCGCCAAGUUCUGGGAGGUGAUCAGCGACGAGCACGGCAUCGACCCCAGCGGCAACUACGUGGGGGACUCGGACCUGCAGCUUGAGCGCAUCAGCGUCUACUACAAUGAGGCCUCUUCUCACAAGUACGUGCCUCGCGCCAUCCUGGUGGACCUGGAGCCGGGGACGAUGGACAGCGUGCGCUCGGGUGCCUUCGGCCACCUCUUCCGCCCCGACAACUUCAUCUUUGGGCAGAGCGGUGCCGGCAACAACUGGGCCAAGGGGCACUACACGGAGGGCGCCGAGCUGGUGGACUCGGUGCUGGACGUGGUGCGCAAGGAGUGUGAGAACUGCGACUGCCUGCAGGGCUUCCAGCUGACCCACUCGCUGGGCGGGGGCACCGGCUCGGGCAUGGGCACGCUGCUCAUCUCCAAGGUGCGCGAGGAGUACCCCGACCGCAUCAUGAACACCUUCAGCGUGGUGCCGUCCCCCAAGGUGUCGGACACGGUGGUGGAGCCCUACAACGCCACGCUGUCCAUCCACCAGCUGGUGGAGAACACGGACGAGACCUACUGCAUCGACAACGAGGCGCUCUACGACAUCUGCUUCCGCACCCUCAAGCUGGCCACCCCCACCUACGGCGACCUCAACCACCUGGUGUCGGCCACCAUGAGCGGCGUCACCACCUCCCUGCGCUUCCCCGGCCAGCUCAACGCCGACCUGCGCAAGCUGGCCGUCAACAUGGUGCCCUUCCCGCGGCUGCACUUCUUCAUGCCCGGCUUCGCGCCGCUGACGGCGCGGGGCAGCCAGCAGUACCGCGCCCUCACCGUGCCCGAGCUCACCCAGCAGAUGUUCGACGCCAAGAACAUGAUGGCCGCCUGCGACCCCCGCCACGGCCGCUACCUCACCGUGGCCACCGUCUUCCGUGGCCGCAUGUCCAUGAAGGAGGUGGAUGAACAGAUGCUGGCCAUCCAGAGCAAGAACAGCUCCUACUUUGUGGAGUGGAUCCCCAACAACGUCAAGGUGGCCGUGUGCGACAUCCCGCCGCGGGGGCUGAAGAUGUCCUCCACCUUCAUCGGCAACAGCACGGCCAUCCAGGAGCUCUUCAAGCGCAUCUCGGAGCAGUUCACGGCCAUGUUCCGCCGCAAGGCCUUCCUGCACUGGUACACGGGCGAGGGCAUGGACGAGAUGGAGUUCACCGAGGCCGAGAGCAACAUGAACGACCUGGUGUCCGAGUACCAGCAGUACCAGGACGCCACGGCCGAGGAGGAGGGCGAGAUGUACGAGGACGACGAGGAGGAGUCGGAGGCGCAGGGCGCCAAGUGACGCCCGCCGCCCCCGGCACUGCCCGCGGCCCCCCGGCUUCGCGCUGCUGCACCCCCGGUGCUGCCCCCCGCCAUCCCCUCAGUGUCUCCUGACCCCGGCCCCCCCUGAGCCGGCUCGGCCCCUCGCCCCCCUUCCUACCUCCCCCCUUUUCGUUUUUUACUGGUUUGUGUCUUAUUAUUUUUUUUGAAUACUUAAUAAAUUUAUUGCUGUCCAGGUA